GAACGCGGAGCCGUCCUUGGUUGAUAUAGCUUCGGAGUUGGGCCUACCUUGCGAGCAUAUGCAUCGGAACAGGCGGGUGGAUAGCAUCGUUCUGUCGCUCUGUCCGCUGCGAGCGCCCGGGGCGGAAGAUGAUGUGAGGUAUCACUUUUGGCGCUGGCUCGCAGAUUGCCGGACCGUUCCUGCAGCAGACCUCGUAGCAAAGGCAUCUGUCAGUUUUCCUGCGACACAGCUACAGCGAUCCAUGCUUAGUAUUUGCGAAGAUGUUCCGUUGGAAAGUAUUGAGAGGAGGCAUGGAAGCGCGGCCGCGGAGCUGGAGCAAUUGAGCCAGGCCACCGUUGCCAUCUUGCAACACCUUUCUGCUUUGAAUGUUCAGUUUCCAGCUGAAGUGCCAGAGACUUGGACCACUGCGAUGGAACAACUGCAAAGCAUCAGAUGGCCAGACCGUUUGUCUGGAUUACAGUGCAGUAGUUUGCUGGCUGUGUUGUUGGAGAAUCGGCCGCUACAGCGCAGAGGUUGGUGGCAGUUGGUGGAUUGCUGGGGUCGCGCAGAUCCAGUGGAUGUAGCAGAGCGACUGUGGAGCCUGGCCACAUGUCAUCAAGCUGGACCAGCAGUGGAGCCAGACAGUGGCUUCCAGGAUCGAGAAGAUGUUUUGGAGGUGGGUCGGCAGAAAGCAUGGGACUUUUGCAAGGUUUAUGUGGACGUUUGGUUCGGAGAAACAGCGGUCUUGGGCGCACUGAAGCACAAGCACAAGAGUCGUGGAUAUGAUGAGGCAGACAAACUCUUGUUGCGCACUUUGAUGCGGCGCUAUGGCUGGGAAAGACAUCUGGACGAGAGCACAUCGUGCACGUGGAUGGAAACCUUUGAAGCAGUCAAGAAGGAGGUGGUUGCUUUGCACGAUGACUUGUUGGCCUGGCAAGAUCUCCACGGGUGUUCUUCGUUGCCCGAGAAGAAGCAGCAUGCAGACUUGGCGAAGAGGGUGGGCAAAUAUUUCAACAGCAGGGAGGCGCGUGUGAGGACCCUCCAGAAAGCUUAUCCUGCAGACUUUGCGCCGCUGCCUGGUUACAGAGUUGAGUGUUUGUCCGUGGAAGGCGAUUCCCUGCGUGGUGUACUCUGGCGGUCUGCAGCUGAACGUGCUCUGAUGUUUUCGAUCCCUGGAUGGAGAGGAGAGGGCAAGGGCAAGGAGGAGUUUCAUCCUUUGCAGGAUUUCUGUAAGCAUUGGUUGCCAGAAGCAGACGAGAUGGA